GCUUGCUGCAAAUUGGCCCUCAACAAUGCAAAUUGUUCGCCUCAUUUCCCAGGAUCAUAUGAAUAACAAACAAUAUGUUGGGAAGGCAGAUUUUCUCGUUUUUCGGGCAAUGAACCAGCAUGGAUUUCUUAGUCAACUGCAAGAAAAGAAGCUUUGUGCAGUAAUACAACUACCUUCACAGACGCUGCUUCUCUCUGUGUCUGAUAAAGCCUGCCGCUUGAUUGGAAUGCUUUUUCCUGGGGAUAUGGUAGUGUUUAAGCCACAGAUACCAAGUCAGCAGCAACAACAGCAGCAGCUGCAAGCACAACAUCCGCAGCUACAGCAGCAACAGCUCUCCCAGCAACAGCAGCAUCUUUCACAGCUACAACAGCAGCCCCUUCAACAGCUGCAGCAACAGCAACCUCUCAUGCAAUUGCAGCAACAGCAGCAGAUUCCAUUGCAACAACAAUCACAGAUUCCCCAAAUGCAGCAGCAACAGAUUCACCAAAUGCAGCAGCAGCAGCUCCCUCAAAUGCAGCAGCAACAGCAGAUUCCACAAAUGCAGCAACCACAGCAGAUUCCACAAAUGCAGCAACCACAGCAGCAGCAACCAAUGGUUGGGACCGGGGUAAAUCAAUCCUACAUGCAAGGUCCUGCAAGGUCACAACUAAUGUCUCAGGGUCAAGUCUCAUCACAAGGGUUGCCAACCAUGCCAGGAGGCGGCUUUAUGAAUUGAAAAUGUCGUUGAAUUAGGCAGCUAUUGUACAAACUGUGAGAUCAAGCAGUUGAUUCCUAAUUUAUGAUUAAGCAUUCGGUACGUAUCUUAUAAAUGAAGGUUUAAGUGUUCAAAUUCGUUUAGUCUCCAGCGUAGAGAAGUACCUCCUCCCUGUUAUAUUAUAAUGGCUGUAAGGGCAAGACAAAAGAGGACUUUCCUGGGUUUAUUCUGUCCAACCUCUUAGUUUUGCGCAUACAUAUUUGAUUGUUGACCAAUUUUCCAUUGAAGGCAGUCGAAGUUCAAUACCAGUAUUGCGUUUAUUUA